GUUGUCAUCAGUCAGCUGACACAGUACGCGACAGGCUGCGGUUGUUAGCUAGCAGUCCAGCAAAAUCCAAUUUGUGCAUUACGAUUUAGUCCUUUUUAGGUUUUUGUUUUCCAGCAGAAUAUUAUAUUAGAAACCACUACUAUAUGUGAAGUGCACUGGUGAUGAACAUAGUAAUGUAAGUCAACUUGCAUCUGUUUUUCUUAAGUUACUAACGCGUUAGCUAUCUAGCACAUGGGCUGCCAGCUAGCUAGCUAACGCAUCUUUUCUCUAAUUUAUUUUAGUGUAGCUAAUUCUACGUAAACAACAAUAUGUCUGGACCAAAUGGAGAUCCUAACUUCUCAAUUGAUGAUGGCAUCAUCGACGAUGAAGAUGAAUUCAGCGAAGAGGGUAAUACCGCCAUCAACACUAUGCUGGAUCAGAUCAACUCUUGCCUAGAUGACCUGGAGGAACGCAACGACUCACUGAAUGACAAACUACAUGAACUGUUGGAGUCCAACCGGCAGGCCAGGCAGGAGUUUAGAGUUCAGCUGAGGACCACUACACCCCCAGGAGAGGAGCAACUGUCCCCGGACAAGUAUUCUCCGACCACUGAAGGGGAGAAGGGCGAAGAGGGAGCGUGAGUGGACAAAGCUGGACUACUAGAUGAGCAUCUUUCCUUUCCUCAAUUGUUCCUGUGUGGUGUGUUGACACUUAAGUGAAUGGGGUUUGUCCUUCUCUGUCCCUUACAUGAAGCACUUAUGAACCCUCCACUGAACUAUACAGUUUGAAACCAUACUCAGCUGUUGAAAUCUUAAGAUGGUUCCUGCUAAGUGUAGUAAAUGAGCCAAAAGCUGGGUUAAUUCUCUGUGUUUAAGUGACUAGUUUAUACCAACACAUACUAUGUAUACCAAUGUUUCAGCUUAGCUAUCUGUAUACAGUCCUCAAUUGCCCCCUUGAUGAGUACUUAUUUAUCCCUGUGCUUGGUAUGGGGGGAAAAGCAUACAGAAUAAGCUGUGAUUCACGUCAUAACUGGGGUGUAUUCAUUACGCCGAAUCUGUUGCAAAAUGUUUUGGAACAGAAACCGUUUACUCCAAACGGAAAACGUUUUGCAACGAAAACGAGUUUCUAUUGCACAAAUUCAGGUAGGUCUCCCAGUUUCGUUUGCUGUGUUAGAUUCUUAAACGGUUUCUGUUGUAAAAUGUAAUGAAUACACCCCUGGUGGUAGGUAAGCAUCAACAUUAACCUCUUUGUGGGGUAACUAUCUAUACAGUAGUAAUGCAAUACUCCAAAUCAUAUGUGACCUUUGAUUGGUCAAUGUUUUUCUGUGACGUGCAAGAAGAGAUUUUAACGUAAUGUUUGUUUUGUGUUCCACUUUCUCCCAUUCUGUUUUUCUUUGUGAGGUUAAAAUACAGUAUAUUGAAUGUGUUACUGUUAAGUAGCUGAGUGUGACAUCUUGAGAAUCGCUAACGUAAAGAACUAGCUCUUUAAAACAGAUGUAAUAUAUUCAAUAAUCAGUGAGGCAAUUGUCAAAUUUUAUUAUUAUAAAUUAAAAUGACCCCAAUACAGAAAACAUCCCAAAAAUACAUGAAACUUCCAGCUGCUAGAAAACUCUUGUUCAGCGGUUUUAUUUGUAGAAUAAAAGUACAUUAAGAAACAUA